GCGGUGUGGAGGGGUGCCUCUAGAACCCUUCGUACACCAGGUGGGAGGACACACCAGUAUGAUGCGCUACGACGACCACACGGUGUGUAAACCACUCAUCACCCGGGAGCAGCGCUUCUACGAGUCCCUGCCGCCUGAGAUGAAGGAGUUCACAGCAGAGUACAAAGGGAUGGUGUUGGUAUGUUUCGAGGGGGACAUAGACGGCUACAUCAACCUGGUGGCGUACCCGUACGUGGAGAGCGAGGGCCUGGACCACGAGGACCUACCGGAGAGGGACCAACCCCGGAGGAAACACUCCCGACGGAGCCUCCUCCGCUCCACCUCCGAGAUCAAGGAGGAGAGGCUACCACACGAGAGCGACAGCACUGAGAAUCUCCAGGAGCUGAAGAGUCCUCGUCUAGAGCUCCAGAUCUACAGUGAUAUUCCCUUCCAGAUGCUGGAUAACAACAGCGGCCUGGGCUCAGAGAAGAUCAGCCACAACCCCUGGAGCCUCCGCUGUCACAGGCAGCAGCUCAGCCGCAUGAGAUCAGAGUCCAAGGACAGGAAGCUCUACAAGUUCCUGCUCCUGGAAAAUGUGGUCCAUCACUUCAGCUACCCGUGCAUCCUGGACCUGAAGAUGGGCACGCGGCAGCAUGGGGAUGAUGCCUCGGAGGAGAAGGCAGCCAGGCAGAUGAAGAAGUGUGAACAGAGCACCUCCGCCACGCUGGGGGUGCGAGUCUGUGGAAUGCAGGUGUACCAGAUGGAUACGGGCCACUAUCUGUGCAGGAACAAGUACUACGGCCGCAGCCUGUCCAUCGAGGGCUUCCGCCACGCCCUCCACCAAUACCUGCACAACGGGGCGUCGCUCAGGAAGGACCUGUUUGACCCCAUGCUGUGUAAACUACGCAGCCUGAAGGCCGUUCUGGAGAAACAGACCACCUACCGCUUCUAUUCCUCCUCCCUGCUCAUCAUCUAUGAGGGGAAGGAGCCUGAGCUGGCCCACGUCUGGCAGAAAGCACCACGGCUUGUACCACAGCCAGCCGCUGAGAUGCCCUCAGAGAAGGAGGAGGUGGUGCUGGUCAACCCAGGAGUAGGAACGGGUGUCCAGGGACCGGGUUUAGUAUUGGGUCUCCAAACGGUCCAGAGACCGACCGAAGAACCCCUCCAGCUCCCCCAGGCUCUCCUACCACCACCAUACUGCCCCCCCACCCCUCCACAGCCACAGCAGCCUCCCUCGGACCCUCACGACCCCCCUCGUCUUCCACCCCGCCCCUCCAGCCCCAGCAUCAGUGUGGACGUCCGCAUGAUAGACUUUGCCCACAGCACCUUCAAAGGUUUCCGUGACGACCAGACGGUGCACGACGGGCCGGACCGAGGCUACGUGUUUGGAUUGGAGAGCCUCAUCAAGAUCCUGGAGGGCAUAAGGGAGGAGAACCUGUAGCGGUAGAACCUGGGACUGACACAUAGGAUGUGUCUCAAAUGGUAUCCCCCAUUCCCUUUAUAGUGCACUACUUUAGACCAGGGCCCACAGGUCUCUUUGAACAGGGCCCACUUGGCUCUUUGACCAGGGCCCCCUUGGCUCUUUGACCAGGGCCCACAGGGCUCUUUGACCAGGGCCCACAGGGCUCUUUGACCAGGGCCCACUUGGCUCUUUGACCAGGGCCCACAGGGCUCUUUGACCAGGGCCCACUUGGCUCUUUGACCAGGGCCCACAGGGCUCUUUGACCAGGGCCCACAGGGCUCGGGUCAAAAUAAGUGCACUAUGUAGGGAAUAGGGUGCCAUUUGGGACGCAUCGAUGGCCAUCUUUCAGGAGAAGAGAACCUGUAGCUGUAACCUGACACAUCUUCAUCCUGCGUCUUCAGAUCUCUCCACCCUCCUCAUCCUCCUCCUCUCCCUAAGUGCUACUACCCUGUCCUUCAUGAUUAUAUUUCGACAAAGAAAGAAAAGCUCAGAAUUAAUAUGAAACGAGAAGAACCUGAGUGAUGGAGUGGAAGGCUACUGUCUUGACUGUAAAGGUUAAAGGUCAUGACCGUAAAGGUUAUAGGUCGUGACCGUAGGCUGUAAAGGUCACUCUGACUGUUGUGCUCCUUCUAGGGUUGACUCAUGAGAAACGUACAGGGAGCAUCUACAGUCCUGUUAUAUCCUCUCUGCUAGGGUUGACUCAUGAGAAACGUACAGGGAGCAUCUACAGUCCUGUUAUAUCCUCUCUGCUAGGGUUGACUCAUGGGAAACGUACAGGGAGCAUCUACAGUCCUGUUAUAUCCUCUCUGCUAGGGUAGACUCAUGGGAAACGUACAGGGAGCAUCUACAGUCCUGUUAUAUCCUCUCUGCUAGGGUUGACUCAUGGGAAACGUACAGGGAGCAUCUACAGUCCUGUUAUAUCCUCUCUGCUAGGGUUGACUCAUGGGAAACGUACAGGGAGCAUCUACAGUCCUGUUAUAUCCUCUCUGCUAGGGUUGACUCAUGAGAAACG